AUGGCUGCUCUCGCCCCGCUGCAGCGCGAUGGUCCCGGGCUCCGGCCGCCCCCUGCUGGCCGCGUGGGGGCGCUGUGGGGGCUCAUCACAGCCGAGUUGCCCAUCACUGCUCGGUUCGGGGGGGACGUCACCCUGAGCUGCCUCUUCCCGUCCCAGCCUGGGAUGAACCUCCAGCGCCUGACCCUCACCUGGCAGAAGGAACAGGUGGGGACAGAGGCCCUGGUGGUUCAUAGUUACUAUUAUGGGAAGGACCAGCUGGCGAGACAGGACGAGGCUUAUAGGAACCGGACCUGGCUGGAUCCAGAGGGGCUGGCUCGAGGGAACGCGUCCCUGACACUGAGGGGUGUCCGCAUGCAGGAUGAGGGCAUCUAUCGCUGCCACGUCACCUCGGAGUUGGGCAUCACUUCGGAGACGAGACAAGUUACAGUGACUCAAACCGGCCGCUUCCUGGCCAAGCAGACCGGGAUUGCAGGAAAUGCUGCCUGGCUGGGCGGCAGCUGGGUCCCUUUGCUGGGUCUGUGCCUGGUGCUGAUCGUACCGGUUCUCAGAGGAUAUCACUGAAACGCCCCCUGCAGACAAGUCCUGGCUGCCAGCAACACCCGGGCACUGGCCCCGUCAAAGAAAGAGCUGCACUGAGACACCCCUGUGCGCGCAGACUAUAAAUGCUACAUGUGUGCGCUGGACACGAUGGGUUCAGCCUCUUGGCGACAUCUUCCAGGGGACGGGCCCGGGGCUGCUUGUCAGGAUUCCCGGGCAAUGACGUUUUUCUUUGUACAAAGCAGCUUAAUUUAACAGUACGUUUAUUGUCCCUGGGUAAAAUUAGCCUCCAUAUUAACCACUGUGAUAUUCUUAUGAUUAAGAAUAACCUCUGUUUUAGUCACAGGUAUUUUUAGUAAAGGUCAUGGACAGGUCAUGGGCAAUAGACAAAAAGUCACGGCCCCAUGACCUGUCCAUGACUUUAAUUAAAAAUACCUGUGUGAUGGGUUGGAUCACAGAAACCCCCUUGGGAGCUGCCACCCGAUGUACCAAGACUACCCCUGCUCCUGUUUUCCCUGCCAGCUCAGGACUCCAGCACCCUGUCUUGCUGAGCCAGACACUUCCGUCUGGCUCCAGACACAGACCCAGGGUCUGAAUCACUUGUCCCAAAGCUGCAAGUUUACCUGAAAACAGCUCACAGACAUGUGCUUGUCUCUAGCACUCAGAUGCCCAACUCCCAAUGGGGUCUAAACCCAAAUAAAUCCGUUUUACCCUGCAUAAAGCGUAUGCAGGGCAAACUCAUAAAUUGUUCGCCCUCUAUAACACUGAUAGAGAGAUAUGCACAGUUGUUUGUUCCCCCAGGUAUUAAUACAUACUCUGAGUAAAUUACUAAAUAAAAAGUGAUUUUAUUAAAUACAGACAGUAGGAUUUAAGUGGUUCCAAGUAAUAACAGACAGAACAAAGUAAGUCACCAAACAAAAUAAAAUAAAAUGCGCAAAUCUAUGUCUAAUCAAACUAAAUACAAAAUAAACUAAUCUCACCCUCA